AUGAGAGUCGGCGAGUGCAGGGACAAGAAGCGCAGGCUAACGCGGCUGCUGCCGCUCGUCGAGGAAAAGGCGGAGGUGGACGAGGAGGACGUGGACGAGGGAGACAUCGUUGGGGGGGACGUGUUAGAGGGAGCCGUAGUCAAGGGGGACAUUGUCGAGGGGGACAUCGUCGAGGGGACAUCGUCGAGGGAGACAUCAUCGAGGGAGACAUCAUCGAGGGAGACACAGGGCCAUGAGCAUACCGUGAGUCGACCCGUAUCUGCCAACCAUGGCUCGUUCUUGCGCGCGGGCCCGCGGAAACCCCCGGCGGGUGAUUCCCUCUCUGCGUCGAUUUCCUCUCUGCGUCGAUUUCCUCUCUGCGUCGAUUUCCUCUCUGCGUCUGGUCUGGUCUGGGCUGGUCUGGUCUUGGGGGAGAAAAUCGCCAAAUCUCAAGUUGAUCUCGACGACCGGUCUGAAUAA